CUCUCUCUCUCCGCCAUGGCGAAGCCAACCCGAGCCCGUCGCUCGCCAUCUGGCUCCGUGUCCGGCUCAUCCUCCCGGUCCCGUUCCCGCUCCUACUCAGGCUCCGACUCCCUCUCCAGCUCGCGUUCUCGCUCUCGAUCUCGCUCCAGGUCCUUCACCUCUUCCUCCUCUCCGUCCCGGAGCGGCAGCUCUCGCAGCCGAAGUCCCCCUGCCUCCAAAAAAAGUCCUGAAGUUGCAAGACGAGGUCGUUCUCCACCACCACAAUCUAAAAAGGUGUCACCGCCCCCAAGGAAAGCUUCUCCAGUUCAUCAGUCACUUGUUCUUCACAUUGACGCGCUUACAAGGAAUGUGCAUGAAGGCCAUUUACGAGAAAUAUUCUGUAACUUUGGGGAAGUUGUCAAUGUGGAGCUGGCAAUGGAUCGUACUGUUAAUCUUCCAAAAGGAUUUGGAUAUGUUGAGUUCAAAACACGAGCAGAUGCUGAAAAAGCACAAUUAUACAUGGAUGGCGCUCAAAUCGAUGGUAAUGUCGUUCGAGCAAAGUUUACAUUACCUCAACGUCAGAAGGUGUCUUCUCCUCCUAAGCCUGUUGCCACUGCUCCAAAGAGAGAUGCUGUGAAAACUGAUGGUGCCAGUGCUGACAAAGAUGCACCAAGGCGACCGAGGGAAGCUUCUCCUCGUCGGAGAGGUGUUCCCUCACCACGAAGGAGAUCACCUGUCGGUCGAAGAGGUGAAUCUCCAAGACGACCAUUAGAUUCUCCACCACGUCGUCGUGCUGCCUCGCCUGCUCGUCCCUACCGCCAUGGUGGUUCACCUCCAAGGAAAAGGCUUGCAUCUCCACCCAGAGGUCGUUCUGGAUCGCCGCCACCAAGGCGACGUUCCCCUGUUAGAAGGAUACGAGGCAGUCCCAUUCGUAGACGCUCUCCAGGACCUCCAAGGCGCCGUUCACCUCCUAGACGGUUUCGUAGUCCUCCCAGAAGGUCUCCAAUUCGUAGGCGUACUCGUUCUCCCAUUCGUAGGCCUGGUCGAUCCCGUUCAAGGUCAAUCUCGCCGCGGAGAGGUCGAGGACCAGCUACUAGACGUGGGAGGUCAUCGUCAUCUGGAUCACCUAGUCCACGAAAGGCACCCCGAAGAAUCUCUCGCAGUCCGAGAAGGCCUUUGAGGGGAAGAAGCAGUAGCAAGAGCAGCACCAGCAGUUCACCCCCUCGUAAGCCAUAGCUUUAGGUUCUGAUGGCGGGCACUUUAUGAAGGUCUUUAAGGGAAGCAGUAGCAGUUCACCUUCCGCGUAGGCCAUAGGUAACACCUGCAUCUCCCUCCACUCCCCCUCACUCCCCCUCACCCCCGCUCCUUUCCUUUUUCUGUCCCUUCCCCUUCUGCAUUUACUUUGUUGUCAUGAGUGCGUAGCACAAAAUUCUCAAGAGUGACGGAUAUUCUCGGAGUUGAUAUUACGAUUUGGAUCGCUUAUGAGUAGACAGGAUCAAGUUGUGUUAUUUUGAGCUUUUAAAACUCGUUUCGGUGAUUUGCUUUUUUAAUUCCAUGACUGUAUCCACGCUGUGGGAAGGAAGGAUGCCGCUUAAUUGCACAUUUGGUUAAUCUAUUGUGAAACAAGUUUAUGAUAUGGUUUUCUUUUUA